AUAGCAAAUUGUUCCGUUUACAGAGUUCGGGAACAAAGAUCAAAAAGCGGCAUUUAAGAACACAGUGAACUCUGGUUCUGCGUCUCUCUUCAGAGAGAAGAGAGAUUUCCGCUUUCGCUCCUAACACGCUUGCUUCAAGAUUCCAUCAAAUUUUUCUCUUACAACUCAUCUCGGAACCUUCAUUUCUCUCAUUCAUACUGUUUCAUCUGCCGGAGAUUUCGAGAACAAGCGCAGCUUCGCCAAAUUCAGAGUUGUAUUCAACAAUCUAUGGAGCUCUGAGUGUUUCGUUUCGACAACAUGCUGCUGUGAAUGUUUUGUUCAUGAUCCAUGUCGGUAGCUGUAAUCUCUACUCGUGUAAUGUGAUUUAUCGAGGCGUUUUCUUCUUUUUUUCGUUUUUUUGUGAUUGUCUAACUUUUCUUCAGUUCAGUUGUGUUGUGGUCUCUGAUGCUUGAUUGCGCUAAUCAUGGCUGGAGAAAUUGAACAGCCGUUUACCUUUAAUUUCCAGGUGGAUUCUGUGCUCUCAGACUCCAUAUCAUUUGGAAGGUUUCAAAAUGAAUCUUUAUCUUGGGAAAGGAGGUCAUCAUUCUCUCAUAAUCGGUACCUUGAAGAGGUAGAGAAAUACUCCAAACCAGGUUCAGUCAAUGAGAAAAAGGCUUACUUUGAGGCUCAUUUUAAGAAGAAGGGGGGCCCGCUCGGUCAGAAUUCAGCAGAGUCCCAUACUAUAGAGAAUGAUGCAUCAGCGCAAGUGAAUCAAGGGGAAAAUAUUGAGAUUAUAAAUAUGGAAAAUCAUAAUGGUCAUUUUGAUGAUAGCUCUGACAGUCCACAAAACCACGGGGACCAUGUGGUUACAGAAUUUGAUGAAAUGCCAAAACCUGGAAUUUCAUCUCCUAAUCCUGAAUUUGAAAAUUCUUCCAACAGUGUUGGUGGUUCAGUGUAUGGUGAUCUUAAUGAUGUCAAUGCUGAAAUGAGUGAACAAGAUGACAGUGGGGAGAACAAGUUUUCAUCUUUUGUUGGUGAUGAACCAGAGGUUGAAAUGAAGCAAAAUACCAACAAUAUUGCAAUGAGUGAGAAUAAGCCAUCUGAAGCCAUGGAGUCAGGCCCCAAAAAUAAACCAGUAAAGAAAGCUGGCAAUAGCUGCUCAGGAAGUCAGCAAACUCCCUCUCCGAAGUUGAUAUCUAAAAGGGAAACAAAGGCUUCCAAAUCUCUGGCCAGUAUUCGUCAGAGUCGGAGAAAUAUUUCUGGUAAUUCACUCAAAUCUCCUGAAAAGAUAUCCAAUAAAAGCAAAGGAGAACCUUCACAUUCAACAUGCUCGGAAGAGCAUUCAUCAAGAACUGCCACUUCACGCACAAGUGCUAUCCGUAGAACCCCCAAAGUUGAGGAUUCUAAAGUUCUCAAGGGAAAAGCAAUUCUUGACAGUAGAAGUGGUGAGAAGGUACAAACUUCUGGAGUAUCAUAUUCUUCUCCCUCGAAGCUCGAGUCUAGAUCAUAUCUAAAGACAACCACCAGACAAAACCGGACUGUGAACUCAGCCAUGCAUGAUACAGGAAAAAGCGCUUCAGCCUCCAAUUUUAGAAGCACAGACUUGGCAGAGAGGAGAAAACAGGGCAAGGCAGAUGCUGAGAUUAAGAAAUUACAGAAGAACCUUGACAUCAGAUUAAAACCAAUACCCUGUGCAGUUCAACCGCAGUUGGAUGCGAAGAAGGCUUCGUGUAGCGGCGCCAAAGUAAGAAACACUUUAAGGAAGUCGACGACAGCGGGAUCGUCCUCGCAUUCACAGUUAGGAAAAUACGUCAACUCCUCUGCUAGUGAAGCUCCAAAUACUUCAAAGAACAUGAGCUGCCACACAGCCGUGCUUGUUGAAGCAAGUGAAAAUUCUUCAAUUCCAUCAGCCAACCAAGAGUGUCUGUCAGAAGCUGUUUCAGAAACCGAAAACAAGAGAAAGAAAGAUCAGGCAAAGGAGAAAAAACCCAAUGAGCAGAGAUCCCGAGUUUCAGAGAGUUGUAGGACAUCGAAACAAGAAGUUGUAGGGAGGCAGAAAGUCGGCACCCGGAGAAGCAUUAACAUGAUGGGGAGAAGGGACAUUAAAGGUGUUGCUGGCUCUGGAAUGGGUCGUUUUGCCGUUGGCGUUACGUUGUGAUUGCAGGUUAAUCCUUCAUCCUUUCUUUGUUCGAGCCAGUUAGCAUAACAAUUGCCUGAAAGCAUCAUUGUUCAUGUUUUCAUGGGCUCCACAAGUAGUAGGAAUCGUCUAAAUAUAUUGUCCUGGUUCUGUAUUUAGCAUCAUUGUCAUUGCUUUGUAAUUUAGAAGUAAUGUAUGUUAAGAUUUGGCAGGAAUAAACAAUAAUUGUGACUAAACUUUUCUUUCUAUUUUGGAGGACUUCUAUAGAUUCUCCAUUAGAUAACUCGAGCUUCAUUUCACUC